AUGGGGCCUUGGGAGAGGGCUGGGAACUACAUGAUCCUCGCCUGCAUUUCCUUCCUCUUCGUGGGUCUCCUCAUCGGCAUCAUCCUGAGCUUCGACAUAGUGAUCAUGGGCAUUGCCAUGGGCGCCGGCGUCGCACUGGCUUUGCUCGGAUUCUUCGUGCACCAGUGUUUCUUGAGGAACAUGGAGCGAAUGCACAUGGACACGGUGCACAUGCUUUGUGCUGAGGUUUCUCAGGAGACUGAAAACCUGAGCAUGCAGUUGCGCAAAGCUCAGCGCUCCCUGGCAUUACACGGUGAAGCUCGAGAGAGCUCCGGGACCGACGGUGGAGUUCAUGGUCGUCUCAAGGAAGACUGGAGCAGACUCAACUCAACUGGUGUCAACCAGCACUUCAGAUGA